AUGACUGAUAUACACAAUCAAGAAAUUACUGGAAAAGAGACGGAUUCAACGACAACAUGGAUUUUGCUGCAGAUAGCUGAUUCAGGUAUGAGUAUAUCAGCGAGUAUGUAACUUGUAAUUGGAAAGCUGAUGUAAAUUACGUGCAGGCUUAAAAGCGGUGUAAUUUGUUUAACGAAAAAAAACAUUAUUUGUAUUAUUCAUUACAAGUUAUUUUCAGAAAAAUAGUGAAACAAUACUCCUUUCAAAGCGAGAAUUCAAUGAUAUUUUCAAGAUUAUGUCGGUAAACAGCUGAAUAGACGUCAAGUGUUCCACGUUGAAGGCUAUAAAAAGUAACAUUUUAAAGCUAAGAUGAACAUAUUACCUUGCCUCAAUACCUUUCUUUGAUAACGAGGUGAAAUUUUUAACGGGAUAUGAAAUGUUUGACGUUUUUUCAAAUGAAUUUCGACUAAUUUUUAGACAAAGCAGGUUAGUAACAAGUACACCAUGUUCACGGGUUUUGUUGCAGCAGCAGCAGCGGCAACCGCGUUUUCUGGCGCGUAAUUUAGGCGGGAAUUUUCAGGCAGAUGUGAACCAACUAGAUUCAAUUAUUUCAGUUUACAGUACUUUAAAACCAGCUUAUGGUCUCACAAAUUCCAGAACAGCAGAGGAAAUUUAAAACAAAAACUUAUGAAACAUUGUAAUCAAGCACACAAGUAAGGAGAAUAAAGAAAAAUAUCAGUUAGGAGAUUGUAAGUUGAUUCAACACCAAAUUCUCCAAACUAACAUCACAAGAACUGUAUGGUAGACAUUAAGAAGAAUUACUUAUGAGAUCUUGGGAGUUAGAGGGUUAAUGAAAGACUGAAACUAAUUGCCUUACAGUCUUACAGUUUUAGAGCAUUAACACAUUUCUUUGAGGCAAUUAUGUUUGAAAGAAGACAAUUGUAAAGUUGAUAAUAAUCAUUAUAAAAACAUCUCCAAAGAAGGUUAAAAAUAUCCAACUUUAUUCAAAUGAUGACUGGUUGACAUAUGGCUGAAGUAACAGUAACAGUAACAGUAACAGUAACACAAAACUUCUGGUGAGCAGAAAAUGUAUAUCAAAAUUAUCUUCUCUAGAAUUAUAUCAGUUUCAUCUUUUGAUUGGCAGCAUUUCCUACUGGAGGAUUCUCACAUAGUUUUGGAUUUGAAUCUGCAACAAAACAUGGCUUUGUAACAGAGUGUAGUAAGUAUGAAACAGAAUGCAGUUUUCAGUGAAUUGUAAUAUUGGAGUACACAAUGUAAAUAUAUGUUAGCAACUUCAAGAUUUAUGUUUGAUAGUAAAGAGUACGUUUUUGUCGCUGUUUCCAUGGUAAUUUUUUUCUUCUUCCUUUUUAGGUGCAUUCAAAGCUUUUUUGUUCUCUUGCCUUCAAAACACAGGUAAUACUCGGUGAAAACUACCAUUAAUGAAUUUUAUCAUUUAAAAAAGGAAACAGUUCUUUGCAAUUACACAUAUUACCUAGUUUGGCAAGUUGUCUCAAUGAAACAUUAAUCCAAAAUUUCUAUAAACCAGUAAAUGUUUUCAUGUGCUGUCCACUGGUGAUGCAAUGUUAUAGUACGGGCUGUGAUCACAUGCCUCCUCUCUCGUUUGGGAGAGCACAUUUUAAAAUACAAGUUUGUGACCUCUUAAAUCCUAUGGAAAAUUCAGGUUUUCAGUUCACUAUUUCAGAUUUUCAUUCAGUUAAACCUAGUUUAGCUAUAAAUAUUUUGCUGGUGUGAAUAGGUAGGGUAUCAGACUAAUAGAAGAAGUUUUAUGGUUAAUACUCAUUUUCAUUCUUCAGCUGUGCUUUUAACUACUAGUAAGGCAGAGGCCAUGUAAAGUAAACACUCCUUUCUCUCUCCUCACCACAAAGAGCCAUUGAUUUGCCUUUUCUCACAGCCCCAAUGUUUUGUCCGCUAUAUGCAAAGCUAUAGUUGAACUAGAGAGCUAACUGAAGUCCUUCAUGUCAAAUCUUUAGCAUCAUUCAGUCUCUCUUUUGUCAAUGAAUCGCACAAGAAUUGCCAUAAUGUUGAGCGGAUCAAAAAGUUGGAUGGAAUGGUUCAAGCUUACCUCAGUAACCAUGUAGCAAACAGAGCAAGCAUCAGGCAGGUCAGUUAUACAUUAUCUAUUAUAAAUCUAUUGUACAAUAUUGAUCAACAAUAAAGCUCACUACAUAUCUUUAUUUUGAGGUGAAUAAGUUGUUGAUUCUGUAUAAUUUUUCUUUAUUUUAUCAACUAAAAAAACUGGCAUUUGAAUAGUAAAACUUGUUUAGCAUAAGAACAUGCAUUUUUACCCCCAGUACUUAUCUGCAUAUGUGUAAUUAACCAUUUCUUCCCAGUUGCGAUUAACCUGUUACUUCUCUCUAUAAUAUCCAUACAUUAUCCAGCAAACAAAUAAUGAGAAUACUCAAACUAAUCAGGUAGUUGUUAUCUUGAUUUAACUCCAAAUUCUCAUGAAUAAUUUACAAGAAAAUGUGUAGCUUGUAGAGGGGAGAGUUAGCAAUAGAUCUUAGGGGUCAAAGGGUUACUAGUGUUUAGGAGAAUAAAGCUAUCCAUCAAGCAUCUCCUGCUCCUCUCACUUAAGGCAUACUUUUCAGACCACAAACCCAUAUAAGAAAAUUUGAGAACUUGAGUUAUCUAUUUGUUAAGUAAUAUGUGGCUUACAAGUCUCAACUGCUUGUUUAUAAGAUCUUUUUUUUAUAAUUUUCUUUUGUUAGAAAAGUUUUUACUGGUCAUUAAAAGUCCCAAAUUAUUAGGCCAUUUUAAGUCUCUCAGAUUGAAACUUCUAAAAGGACAUGAUCAAUUGUGACGUGUCACUGCAUUACAAGUAUCUAAGCUUUUGCGGUAUUGUUGUUUAUCAGGGGAACUCCUUACUUGACACAGCUUGCAAAACAUUUGGAAAACAAGAAAUGAAAAACUUACAGGUAUGUUCUAAAUUACCAAUGUUUGUAGUUAUAAAAAUACAACUUACAUUUCUGCGUGGCACUGAGGUAGUAUGUGUCUCUGGCAAUGUUUUUUCCUUUCUUGAGCCCAUUAUUUAUGUUUUAAAAGAGAAAGAAAAGUAACGAGGUAAAGAAAAUGAUAGCACCUCACUAUUCCGCCUUGAAAGACAACACCCCUACUUAACAGGAAUUUUAUGAAGACAAGUUAUCAACCUUUCACGUGUCUGCAACAAGGAUGAAAAUCACGAAGAGUUUUUUCCUUCAAACUGUAGAAGAACGUUGUAAGGUAAUCAAGAGGUGAAAGUGCCCUGUCAGUAGUACUGAUAGUCAAACAUAAACAUCUGUAGUUUUGGGGAAAAUUUCUGGUUUAGAUUUCAAUGAUAAAAUUUCCGUCUCACUCCACGGUUCAUGAAAGGUGGAAUCCUACUUCCUAACCCUCUCCCUCUUGUCCACUCCUCCUCGUAACUUCCGUCCGACCCUCUUCAGCGCUCGGAAGCACCGAGAUAAGCUGCGGCUAGGUGGUCUAAUACGCUGCAGAACAGGCCUUACCUAUAACUGCUUUAUUUCAGGUCCAACUCGAGAACAAAUGCCUCUUUGGUCACUUUGCCGUUGUGUUUGGCUUCAUGUGCGGCAUGUUAAACCUCUCUGUGGUCCAAACACAACAACUUUUCCUUUUCUCGACUCUCCGAACGGUAAUUGCCAGUGCUGUGAGACUUGGUAAUAUUGGACCGUUACAGGUACUUGUAGAACGUCAGGUUUUGGGCAGCUACGAAUAACAAUACAAGAUAAAUAUGUGACAAUAGGUGAUAUCUACAUUUGUCGCGCUCGUUCUUUUCAUCCCACUUUCAUAUAGUCGUCCUUUACAACCGCUUUUCCCUUUUUUUGUACGGGGAGGAUGUCAAUCAUGAUUUUCCCUAUUCGUUAGUGGAGGGGUGGGAAUCGUUGUGUGAAAUUUCCCCCCUUCCCCCCUUCCAAAAAAGAAAAAGUUUCGACAAAGACUUCACAUUGGAGAAAACCUGUGCAGUUAAGGACAAAGUCAAUCAGAGACGGAUUCUGGAAAAUCCUAGGUGUGCUGAAAUAUAGAUGCAGAAGUUACACAUGAAUAUGGCUUUGCAUAGUCUGUGUUGGCGUCUUGUCAUACGUUCUGAAUCCCAGGGGUGUUAACAGAAAGGAUGCCACGACUACAGCUUAUCUUAGUUAUGGGAAGGAAUAUCCAAGGAAUACGUAACGUGUCUUACAAUUACAUGUUUUGAAUUCUGACGAGAAGGCCAUAGACAACCGGCUGUGUCAUGACUCCUCAAUGAUAAUCCCUUGAGGAUUCAAACACUGGCACGGAAUGCCCGUAUAAGAAGUGAGCAUAAAAACUCAAGGUCUCUUGUGUACGGUUAUUGUUGUAGUUGCAGCUCCGCUAAUUAAUGCGGUACUAUAUUUUGAUUCAUGAACUUAAGGCUCAAUCCAUCCAAUUUGAAAUGCAGAAGACAGCAGAAGAAAUAAGGAAAAAGUGAGUAUCAUGAGCGGAAUACUGGUCUGAACACCAAACACACUUCAGCUUGAAGUUAGCCUUGACAGCCUUUGUUUUACUUAGAUUUUUGGACUUAUGUUUGUGAAGAGAUUUUCGACUUAAGAGUUACUUUUAAUUGGAUUUUUACUGCGUUUGACGCCUCUCGCAGCAGUGUCUAUUGUUGUAGAACGAGAUCAACUACCACAACAGGUGUUCAAACUAGACGAAAACCAGGUCAUCUGACCAUUAACCCACUUAUUUACCUGAACUGUUGUUUUUAUACAUUCCUAGGUUCGAAAUGACGACCGUGGAGGAAGCGACAACAACAGCUCCCGUUGCUGACUUUCUUCAGGGUGCUCACGACAACCUGUUUUCAAAACUUUUCUACUCGUGAAAAGAGGCAUGGAAAUGUCGUUAAUUCCGAAUGACUGGUCGUCAAUGUAGCGCCUCUAAAUGAAACACGGCGAGGUAAAAGAACUGCAAGUUAUGUGAAGUUUUCGUGGUGAAUAACCAGAGAUCUCUACACGUUUUGUAGGGGCUGUGAUCGAAGCAAUAACGUGUCUCGAGCGCCGGAAAGCUAUAGCACGCGAGGGCUACAAUGCGGUCAACAAGGCAGUGAUCCAUUUGGAUAUUCCAGAUAAAUGUAAUAAAAACAUGGAAAA